AUGGAACCCUUAUAUGAAGAAUACCUAGCAAAUCGUGGAACAAUAGUAAAACCUUAUUACUGGCUAAGCUUCUCUCUAGAUUGUUCGAACUGUCCUUACCAUAUUCGGACAGGUGAAGAAGCAAGAGUUCCCUAUACAGAAUUUCAUCAGAUUUUUGCAUUCCCUUAUGGGCCAGUGUAUCCUCAAACAAAACACCUCACGUUUUAUGAGCUAAAAACUUCUUCUGGAAGCCUGGUGCAAAAGGGCCAUGCUAGCAGUUGCACUGAGAACAAUACCCAUCCAGAAUCGAUGCUAUUCGAGAUGAAGGGUUAUUUUGAGGCAGCCCGGCACAAAAACAAUGCUAUCAGGCAUAUCAUUCUGUAUUCCAACAACUCUCCUUGUAAUGAAGCCAACCACUGCUGCAUCAGCAAAAUGUACAAUUUCUUAAUAAUGUAUCCAGACGUUACUCUCAGCAUUUACUUUGCUCAGCUCUAUCAUACUGAGGCCGAAUUUCCUGCCUCGGCGUGGAACCGGGAGGCUCUCCGGAGCCUGGCCAGUUUAUGGCCACAGGUCACCUUGAGCCCAAUAAGUGAUGGGAUUUGGCAUUCUCUCCUCAACAGCUUUGUGAGCGGUGUCUCAGGACCCACUGUUUUCCAGCCCAUUUUAACCGGGAGAGCACUGGCUGAUAGGCACAAUGCUUACGAAAUCAACAGGAUAACAGGAGUGAAACCUUAUUUCACUGAUGUUCUUCCCCAGACAAAAGAGAAUCGGAACAUAAAAGCUCAGGUGGCUUUAGAGAGCUACCCCUUCAACAAGGUCUUUCCUGGGCAGUAUUUUCAAGUGACACGUGAACAACCGCAACCCAAUCUGACCCCAGACUUCAGAGUUCCCGUUGUUUUUGUGUUGGUGCCUUUCAGAGACCUACCACCAAUCCAUGUGCGUCAAAACGCACACAAACCCAGGAUUAUUGUGAGGCACUUAAAUAUGCCUCAAAUGUCAUUCCCAGACACCAAGGACCCCAGAAGGCCUCCCAUGGGAAUGCCAGUGGAGAGAGUGGAAAUCACGGAGCGGGUUGCAAGUACCAAAGAAGCAGAUGAAAAGAUGAAGAAAGGGAAAAAAUAA